AUGAUGGGUCGUGGUUCACCACAGUGUUUCACGCGUCAUGAGAGAAUUGCAAGUUUGUGUAUUGUGACUGAUGGGAACACAGAGACCUUGUACAGAGCUGCUGGAAGCUCUCUGGAUCUCUUUCUGAAACAUCCACAAGACUCAGUGUCAAAUGUUGACUGGAAGUUCAAUGAUACCACUUUUGCUGAAUACAUUACAGACCAUAAUGUAUCACCUGUAUCACCUCGGUUUAGUGGAAGAUUAAAGGUUGACCAAGAUAAAGUUGGAGUAACUGUGCACGAUCUUCAGCUCCAGGACUCUGGGAAGUAUGAGGUGAUGUCAGAUGGACCUGGAGGGCAGCUUGAUACACAAGUAUUUAACGUUUAUAUUCAGAAUCCUAUUACCAAUGUUAAGAUUGAGAAGAAUCAGACGUGGCUGGUCUCCACAAACAGCUGUAUGAUUAGUGUGAGUUGUGAAGCACUUGGAGCUGAGAACGUUACCUACAGGUGGAGCGGAUAUAAAGGUGCUGAUGGAGCUCAGCUGAAAUUCAGUUUUUUACCAGCAGAAGAAGAAGUUACACUGAACUGCACUGCAGCCAACAACGUCAGUAACAGCUCUGCUACAGAGAGACUCACCUGUACAGGUGCUGAACCAGAUGAUCUACUGCUAGUCUACAUUGGGAUUGGUGCAGCAGCAGCAGGAGGAAUUUUAUGUGUUGUUCUGCUUAUUGUAACUCUGAUCUGCAGGAGGAACUCUGGCAAAGGUGAGAAGAAUGAUGAAUCUACUGUGUAUGCUGAUGUCAAUGACAUUGCUGGGAAAGAUGGACGGCGUAUCAGUGUUGCUAAUGGAAUGACGAUUUAUGAAACAGUGGAUGAUGUUAAAGCUGCUCCAGCAACGACUAUUUAUGCUAGAGUGACACUUCCUCAAGAUGCAAAGGUCAGGGCUACCACUUCCUCACCAUACCAGCAAGUCCAGUACUGAGAAGACAUCAAUUCACUUUUUUACUUGCUUUUACUUGAUUUAUUAUCAUUGUAAAG